AUGGUAGCGAAAAUGCCCUGGGGACGUGAUUUGGUCGCGAGUCGCAUUUUGUCUGUCGCGAAUAAAUCACCACCACCAGACUUAUCGAAAUUUAGUGCGACUUUCACCAUGCGCUACUCCACCACCUCUGUCACUCUUGUGUGGAUUUUAUCAUUUUUGCAUGCGGUGAAUGCCGUUAGCUUGUCGCUCACUGCUCAGGGCGCCGACCAUAAGUUCCACUCCUUGGGAACUGUCGAAUUGACUCCUGAAAAAUCAGAAUUUAUCGCUGGGGCCUUGGCUUUGGAACCAGGGUAUUACUGUGUGGGCACAAAAGACCUUCCAGGACACGAGUGUUUUACUUAUACGUACUUGGACGGGGGAAUGGACCAUAAAGCGGUUCAAGUCACUGUUGACAAUGGACAAGUAAUGCAACUAGCAUUGAUCCAUAAUGAGGACGAAAAAGCUGUAAAAAUUGUUUCAGCUGCGGUUGGUCCCAAUCCCAAUAUGGACCCUGUUCCGCUUCAGCUGAAAAAGAAGAAGGCAGUACAGCAAGAAGAAAAAGAAGAUGGAGAAGAAGUGGAGAAAUCGUGGAUCCAGAAGAAUUGGAUGUAUAUUGUUCCUCCAUUGAUGAUAUUGAUGAUGUUGUUGCCAGCUGACGAGGAGAAGAAGUGA